AUGACAAGAAAACAAUCAGCAAAGAAAUCAAUCACAAAUUUGACAACAACCACAAGGCAAACAAAGCCAGUGAAACUGAAAGAUUUACAAAUUGGAUUUUAUCAUGAAGAUACUCCAUUACAAACAUGUACUGAUUAUUUAACCUCCAGUUAUGGUGAUUGGGAGUUGGAAAUUUAUCGAGCGAACAUGUCAGAAUUGCAACUUUCGAGCAUGAAGGCGUUUGUUUCCAAGUUUUUGGGAUCCAAAUACGCCUCAGAAAUGGGCACAGGCAGUAGUAAGGUUGUAAUGACACUCAUGGAAUUGAUGAAAGAAUUGGAUAUUUCAUUUGUUCAUGCACGGACUCGAAAUGAAAUUGUCAAUGUCCCUUCAUUUGUAUCUUUUGAUGGACUUCCAGAACAAUUCACUUCAUGUUAUUGUUUGGUCCAUGAUGGAAAUGUCAAGCGCUAUAUUGCUCAACACAAAGAUUACAUUUAUUAUUUCUGUUAUCAAACUUCAUGA